AUGCAAACCUCUCCUAACUCCAUCUCGCGCCUCCUGAAGCACCCAAACGGGCAGACCACGCAUCUAAUCGUGGAUGACUACACUGACCAGUGGGUAGAGCCAGAGACAGUCCUCAUCCAAGGUGGCUUUGCACGACAUUCUGCGUUCUGGUACCAUUGGAUUCCUUCCCUUGCUCGCUCCUAUCGGGUGAUUCGACGAGACACCAGAGGCCAUGGAAAGUCAUCCACUCCGAAGCCAAGCGACAAUUACGCUUAUACCCUUGAUACAAUCCUAUCUGAAAUAGUCGACACCCUUGACCAACUGGGUCUUCAGAAAGUCCACUUCAUUGGGGAGAGCACCUCCGGCAUGCUAGGGGAAGCAUUCGCCGCGAAAUUCCCGAAUCGAUUGCACAGUUUGACCAUCUGUUCGAGUCCAACCCACCUGCCACCUGCCGCCCUGGAACUAUUUUCCUUCGGCUACUCUAGCUGGCCCGAGGCAUGUCGCAAACUCGGCUCCAGAGGAUGGGGAGAGCAUCUUGCCCGGAUCCCCGGUACACUCUCAACGACAGACACUAAGUACGAAGCGUGGUGGAUGUCGAGCAUUGCAACAAGUUCAAGUGAGGGUCUUGCAGGAUAUGCCGUGUUUCUCUCGUCAUUAGAUGCACGGCCCUUUCUGUCGCAGAUUUCAGUGCCGACACUAAUCCUUGCGCCGGCGAAGAGCGCCGCUACUGGCUUGGAGGAGCAGCUGGAGAUUGCGAGACAGGUCAAAGGGGCGAAGCUGGUUAUUAUCCAUGGGGCUGGGCAUGAGGUUUAUGCAGAUAAGGCCGAGGAUUGUAUUACUGCUUUUAUGGAGUUCCUGUCUGGUCUGGACGGCUCUACCGAUGGUGCGUAG